AUGGCUAAACUAUUUACCCGUGAGCAGCUGCUGUGCUCCAUCUGUCUGGAAGUGUUUAUCGAUCCAGUCACCACACCAUGUGGACACAACUCUUGCAAGAGCUGCCUUACACAGUGCUGGGAGACCAGUCAACGUUGUUAUUGUCCACUGUGUAACCAGACAUUUACCAAGAAACCAAAACUCAACAUUAACACAACACUGAGAGAUGUUGCAGAAAACUUCAAGAAAAGUGGUUUUGACAAGCCAGAAAUUAUUUGUGAUGCCUGUACUGGAGCAAAGCUAAAGGCCUUGAAAUCCUGUCUGGAUUGUGGUCUGUCUUUAUGUGCAUCUCAUUUGGAGUCUCAUAAUUAUCAGCCAAACCUUAAAAAUCACAAACAAAUAGAUCCUGAGGAGAACCUUCAGGAUUACAUCUGCCAAAAACAUAAGAGACCUCUAAUGCUGUUCUGUAAAGACGACGAGACAUGUGUUUGUCUGUUCUGCCCUGUAACCGACCAUAAGAAUCACAACACUGUUCCUAUAGAGGAGGCGAGUGAUAAACUAAAGGUUCAGUUGAAGACAACCCAAAAAGAAAUACAGCAAAUGAUCCAGGACAGAAUAGAGAAAACGGAGGAUAUCAAGUGCUCACUAGAGCGCUGCAAAAAAAGCAAAGAGGAACAGAUUUCUCACGGCAAUGAAGUCUUCAAUGCCUUAAUUAAUUCAAUUGAGGAAAAGCAGGAUGAGAUGCUCAACAAGAUAGAGGAGAUGCAGAAUGAAGCAGAGAGACAGGCUAAAGGACUUAUUGAAGAGCUGGAGCAGGAAAUGACUAUUUAUCCAUCCAUGUGCAGCUUCCCACACAACAAGAACUGGACUGAGAUCAAUACUAAGAUUGAUUUUACAGGGGAGACUGUAAGGAAAACACUGUCCCAGCUCCAGAAAACAAUCAACAACAACAUGAAUAAGGAAAUUGAAAAGUUAGAACAGAAAAGCCAGCAAAAGGCAGGAGAAUGUAGUUGGUUUAACAAACACUGGCCAUUUUUGCUGCUGCUAAUGAUGCUGCUGUUUCUGAUACUUACAUUAGUGGAAAAUGAGAUGAAGAUCCAGUCAUAUGCAGUGAAUAUUACUCUGGAUCCUGAUACGGCUCACCCUGCACUUAUCCUGUCUCAAGACAGAAAACAAGUAGCACAAGGCAACAACUGGCAGGAGCUUCCUUACACACCAAAGAGGUUUGCUAAAAGUCCCUGUGUUCUCGGAAAACAAGGUUUUAACUCUGGAAGAUUUUAUUUUGAAGUGCAAGUCAGUGGGAAGACUAAGUGGGUUUUAGGAGUGGCCAGUAAGAACAUUAACAGAAAGGGCCCGAUUUUUUUGACUCCUAAGAAUGGAUAUUGGACUUUGGGUCUCAGAGAUCGGGGUGGGUACACGGCUUUUGCUGGUCCCUCUGUCCUCCUCACCCUGAGAAAGAAACCAGAGAAGGUGGGGGUGUUUGUGGAUUAUGAGGAGAGUCUGGUUGCCUUUUAUAAUGCAGACACUCGUUCUCUUAUCUACUCAUUUUCUGGUCAGUCUUUCACUAAAACACUUUAUCCAUUUUUCAGUCCCGAAUUAAAUGAGAAAGGAAACACUGCACCUCUAAUCAUACUGAAUUAA